UUCUCUUCAUACACUAUGAAGCUGAUCUGCACUUGAUAAUAGUAUAUGUUUUGACAUAAAUGGUUUCAUUUCCCCAAUGAUCCGAGCAAUCCCGAAACUGCGAGUGGUGACGAGUUGUGCACAAACCUCGAUUCCAAAGCCAUAUCCUCUAUUCAAGUUCAGAAAUAAAUAAUUUCUGAAAGGUGGCAACACUUUCUUGUGCAACGCACGUAGAUACUUAGUUAACAUGUUUCGCGGUACGAAAAAAAUAGAAACUCAUAGGAAUUAAUUACGUAUAUAUGAGCGUUUUAAGACGGGCAGGGAAACUUAAGGUAGUACUAACAGAUUACUGCUGAGCCGGAAUGUGGAGCUCAAAUCUAAAAGGGGAAGUCCCGAAUGACGAAAGGCAUUGUGAGGUACAUGUUGGGGAAUUUACUUACAGUGGCAGUUGCUGAUCCUAAAGGUCGAAACGUCCAGUAAAGUUGGUGUUGCGGUGGAAGUCUGCAGAUUCUGGGACAAUGAGCAAGAACAGCAAGAAAUCAAGGAAAAACAAGCAAAAGGCUGCUCCUGCUAGUGCAGAGCAGAGCUCGGAGUCAGGGAAUUAUAGUAAGAUCAGUGGAAAAUCUGAAAGGGUUCUAGAAGAUGCAUCAGGCCCCAAUAAGAAUAAAGACAAUACAGACAAGCUGACGAUGGAAGCUGCCGCUCCAGAACCUAAACCAGGAAGGAUUCUAGAAGAUGCAUCAGGCCCGAGCAAGAAUAAAGGCAAUAUAGACAAGCUGACAAUGGAAGAUGACCCUCCAGAACCUAAACCAGGAAGGAUUCUAGAAGACGCAUUAGACAUGAGCAAGAAUAAAGACCGCUCAUCCGAGGUGUUACAUGCAAAUACAGACAAGCAGAAGAUGGGAGCUGAACCUACAGAACCUAAUCCAGAAGACCUUUCACAAUUAAAGAACACAUGCCGUGCUUUGAAAUCAAAUCUAAAUACCAUUACUAAGAAGUAUCAAGAGGAAAAAAAAGAAAAGGAAAUAUUACUUAAUGAAAACCAAGAUUUAAAAUCCAAAUUGUGUUCUGCGGAAAGGGAAUUGGAAGCUGCUAAAAUGCAAAUAGAAAAAUUGAAAAAUCAAGGAGCUCUUCCCCGAAAAUCAUGCGAGGCUCCCGAGCCAAUGGAUGAUGAAACAGUUGAGGAUCAUGCGAGUGAGCAACCAGACCAAAAAGGAUCUUCAGAUGGACUCAUGCGGAAGAAGAAGGAAGACUAUUUGGUUCAGAACAAUGCGGAAGGGAUUUCUGAGGGACCUCGUGACACGUGGUAUCAGGAUGUUGAAAUGGAGGACUCGUUCAACAGAUGGGAAUCAGGACCUGCAGCAGAACUUCCUCAAGGUAAUGACAAAGACGAGGAGUCCAGUUGGCGACAAUCAGAUCGGAAGCAGUGGAAUGAUGUGGCUGCUUCGGUUGAUCGUGCUGAAUCUUUGAGUAGCAGCCAAUCUUCGGAUCACAGGGGUGAUACCAGAUCACAAAAUAGAAGAGAAAGUGAUGUGAGAUGGAAACGCAAUGAAAGGUCUUUCUGUCAGCCACCAAAGAGAAAUGAUGAGCACGGCACACGUAAUUUCAAAAAUGACAGAGCCAAAAGACAUGACAACACUUAUGGAGAGAGGGGAAGAGGAAUGGAUAAUAGAGGUGACCGUGGUCAAAACCAUAACCAGAAUGUGAAUGAGAGGGGAAGAGGAAUGGAUAAUAGAGGUGAUCGUGGUCAAAACUAUAACCAGAAUGUGAAUAAUCGCAACAUUCGUGACCAGAGAAUGAGAACUACAGGUGAUCCACAAGUUGUCACAGAGAUUUUUGGUGAUCUUUUUACUGCACCAGCAGACUACUCCCUUGCACACUGUGUUGCAGAAGAUAUGCGCAUGGGGAGUGGAAUAGCUGUCACAUUUAAGAAGAUGUUCAGACGUGUGGAUGAGCUUCUUGAUCAACAUAAACGACAAGGGCAGGUUGCAGUGCUGGAACUUGAUGGCCGCUUCAUUUAUUACCUUGUGACUAAACCUGAGAGUACUGGGAAACCAACAAUGGAAACACUAGAAAGGAGUCUUGUGGCUAUGCGUCAACAUGUUAUUGAGAACAAUGUGGGAAAAAUUGCAAUGCCCCGCAUUGGUUGUGGUCUUGACAGAUUGGAGUGGCGCCUUGUCAAGCAGCUUUUAGAAAGCAUCUUUUCAGGAACAGGUGCACAAAUCACAGUUUACAAUUACAAUGAGGAUACGGCAGAAUCAUCAAAACCUAAGCACACCAGUAAUGUUUGGUUGAAGAGCGCACAGAUGCCAGUAGCUGACAUUGAUGUAGGUACUGCUAUUUUGUGCCUUUGUGCGGCAGAUCGCUCGGUCAACUCAACAUUAGAAUUAUUGGACAGAAAAUUCAGAAUAAUGCCGCAGUAUCAGCAAAUGGACAGAAAGCUUGGCAAAUUUAUUGCUAUACAAAAACCAAAUUAUUACAUUUUCCUUUUAAUUGUUAGAGAGAGCAAAAGCAGUCCACUUUCGUUUAGAGCACUUGGAGACUGUAUGCGGCAAGUCUGCAAGUUGAUUGACAAGGACAGAUACGAAUAUGUUGCUGUAGAAGCUUUUGAUGAUGAUGAUGAUCCACUUCUAUUUGAAAAAGUAAUAACUGUAAUAAAGACAGGACUCGAUACAAAGUAUCAAAAAGAGUUGUGGUUAUGUUAUCCUGCAACAGUUUCAUCAAGAGUACCCAACACAAGGCCAAGCAGUGAAACAUAAUGCUCUUUCAUAUAUUAUAGUUCUUUGUAAUGGUAUUAAACAAGUGAAUGUAAAAUAAAAAUGUAAGAAUAUUUUCAUAAAUGAAUGUAAUUGGUGUAUA